UAAAUCCACACCACUGUGGUAGUGGUGGUUGCAAGUGUUUGGACGGAGUUUGCGUUAUUCCAGCUACGCGGAGGGCAAAAAAAAAGAAAAGGAACAACACUGACCACCACGCUACUUUCUGGGCCACCAAAACAGCCCCCACCCUGAAACAUUACAAUGAAAUAGACUACAGAGUUUGCUUAGAAAACGUAGGAGUUGGCGUUAAAUUGACUUUUUGAGACUGGAGCUGCUUCCUUGUUCGACAACGGGGUAAAAUAUCUCAUCAUCCUCACAAAGAAACUUUACUUGCUAGGCUGCUAACUCGCACACAAGCCACCAGAAAGCAUGAUCACCGCCGAAGACGUGAUCACAAGCUGUUAGUAACGUCUCAAAUGUCGAGCUAAGUGUGUUGGUAACUGAAUUUUCUUACAAAUGGUAUCUGUAUGAGUCAAGACAGAGUUUUGUAACGGUUUUGAGUAGUCAUCAUCACUAGAGGAGGAAGAGUAGCAGCAGCUGGCAAUUUGACCACAGAGCGCCCCUAAAUCUUUAGUAAGCAGGACCCCCAGUGCGAAUUUCUUAGUUUGGAGCCAAGUUGUUUCAGAUUUGGUGCUGGGAAGAUGUCUGGCCGAAGUGGAGUUGGACAGACGAAAGGAGCUGCUUCGGGUCCAAAGCCCCUCAGAGCUACUAUCCCUUAUCAGCUGGCUAGCAAGCCUCGACCGAACCGGAGAGAUGGGAAAUCAGCUGCAAAGUCCAAACCACACCAGCUGAGCUCUGGCAUGAGGCGAACCAUGUCUCUUGAUGCCAUCAUCGGGCCAUACCUGCAAGGACACUGGCCGAAAGAACAUGAGGGCCAGAGCAGCCUGUCUCGCAAGGACAAAUCUACUCAGACCCCAAAUUCGUGGUCAGAUAAAUCACAGAGCAGGAGAGGAAGCAGCAGUCACAAACGUUCAGCCUCAUGGGGCAGCGCUGAGCAUCUGCGAGAGAUUGCUAAACUAAAACAACAGCUGCAGCAGCGCAGCAAACCUGCAGUCUCAGGGGGGCACGAUAAAGACCGCCAGUGUGGCUAUCCUCAAGGGAGCUGUAGCCUAGGAACUACUCAGACUCAGCCAAUUCCCAUCCCUCUUCCUCCCUUGUCUACACUGGUCCCUCGACUGCGCUGCAGCGUGGAGGGUCUCAACCAGGAGCUGGAAGGCAUGUUUGUCUGCCAGCCGCCGCAUCCUCAGCACAGGCUCCUUGAUGUUCCAGACGGUCACCGGGCUCCACUUCCCCUGCAGAGCUGCAGCAGUGGAUCUCAGAGUGACCCCACCACCACACCCCUGUGCUCACCUUCCAGCUGCUCCUCGCCUUGCUUCUCUCCCAACUACAUCUCCCCCUGUUCACCCAAAUCUGAAGACACUCCUCUGGACUUGCAUCAAGAGUUAAUAGACAGCACAGAGACAUCCUUCCUGUCUCCUUUCUCCUCCCACAAUGAGGCCGACCUGUCCCUGCCUCUGCUGAUCUCCUCUUCCCCAGGGCUGAACAAAAGCUGCUGUUUCCAGAGAGAACCUCCAGAGGGCUGCGAGAAGGUCAGAGUGUGUGAAGAGACCAGUGCUGCACACCAACCCAAGCCAGCCCUCAUCUCCUCCUGCCCAGAUCCCAACAAGGUAAACUUCACCUCCCACGGAGGCUCAGCCUUCUGCCCCGUCAGCCUCCUCAAACCCUUGUUACCCUCGAUGGACCUUUUGUUCUGCAGCCUUGCUGUCUCUCCAGUAGGCAGCUGCUCGAGCCAGGGAACAGGCUCCUGCCAGACGACGUCCUCUGGCAGCCACACUGCUCCUCCAGAUUCCCUCAUGCCCAUGACCACUGCUACAGUCCUAGGAGAGAGCUCUGGGGAGGGCCUCGCUUUCUGAUCACAGUUGCAGAUGUUGUUGUGGUAGAUUGCGCAGAAAACAAAUCUUUCAUGGUUUGGGACAGAUAUGUUGGUGUUGCUUUACUUUAGAAAAGGCCCUUACCUUUUCUACACAGGUAUAAAAUAACUUUAUGUUAAAAAAAUAUUAUGAAAAAAAGUUAUGUACUCAUACACAAUCCAAAGGGCAUAUGCUUUAUAAGCUACUUGUUUUAGGCUUCUGGGCAUUGUACGUCUCUAAAUUAGUACCUUUUUGUUUCUGACAUUAUUAUCCAAAGAUUGAUUUUUGGCCAUACCAGAGUGUGAGAGAUGUCUUAGGAGAUAUAAUCUGUUGGAUGAUUGGCCCCCAUCACUUGCUGCACAGAUUAUUUUCUGUUUUCCCCAAAGAAGCAAUCACACACUUUUUUUUGGUCGAUCCUGGUUUUUAAACUCUUGACUGCAGUGUGUCAUCUCUGUCUAUGUGACAACACAGUCUGGGCCAACUAAGAAAAACCCUUCUUGGAUAGGUUUGGUUGUUUUUAAGAAUUCAAAGAUGUUUCUCUGCAAUUCACCUUUAAAAAAAAAAAAAACUCUUAACUCUACCUUGCACGUGUUGCUGGUGGUGUACAAAGCACGACAAAUCAACUGGGUACUUUUCAUUUACCUGAUUGAAAUCACUUUUUGAUUACAGUAGACUUAAGGGAUUUUGCCAGAUGUAGGACUUGGGUAGCAUCAGUACCUAAACAUCAGCUCAUUUAUUCCUGCUUUAAAAACAUGUUCCAAUGUUGUUUUGUUAUAAUCUUGUUUACUUGCAAACAAAGUAACUUGUGCACAUGGUAAUGGAUGGAAACCUGUUACUCCUUGAUGUUCUAGAUGUGUGCUUGAUGGUAUGUUAAUUUUGAGGCUUUGCAGCCUAGUUGACUGACUGACCAGUUUUAGUGGUGUAGAUUUGUCAUCCUGUUUCUCUGACGAUGUCCCGUUUCUUCUACCAAGCUGACAAGUUGAUGUUCAGAUAGUUUUAUUUCUAGUAUACAUGUUUGCACAAAUUGAAAUGCUACUUCUGAGUCGCAAUUCUUAUUUUUAUAUUCACUUUUGUACUUCAUUGUAAAUGUAAGGGUAGUACUGUGUAUUUUCUGCAUCUUUUUUUCAAUUGCCUGCAACAUAAGCUAAAAAAAAGCCCAU